AUGGCUCCUCCAUGUCGCUCGUUUGCAACGUCGCCCGCUUCCGGACACUCUUUUCUUCGUUACUUUUCUUUGUUUUUAUUGGUGUUGUUCAUCCUGUCGUCGUGUGCACGCUCAGCAUCGCUAUCACCCGUGGACGUCGUCAUUCCUCAGGAUGCAACCUCCCAAUCGCCCUUCACAGUGGUCCAAGAUAAUUUUCUGGGGAUAUCCUUCGAACUGAAUUCAUUCGAUACCUUAUGGGGAGAAACACCACUUACGAUGCCCAACCCCAUGCAGAAUUACCUUGCCAAUCUCCGCGCACGCAUCCAGUCACCCCUUCGCAUUCGUGUGGGCGGCAACAGUAUGGACAGUUCCACUUUCGUUCCUGACCAGAGUCAAAUGAUCAUUCUCACCGAUCCAAACGCAUACUUUAACGACGUACCUGUCGACUUCGGUCCCACGUUCUUCGAUGUGCUCAAUUCUAUGGCAGAUGUCGUCGGUGAGAUGGACUUUAUCAUUACGCUGAGUAUGCAGGAUCCAUCCAACGAUACGGACGUGAUUGAACUUGCAAGGGCUGCUGACGAGAUGCUCGGGGCGAGACUUGAUUCCAUGCUUUUAGGAAACGAACCUGAUCUAUACUCAGGACAUGGGACAAGGACAAACUACACGAUACAAGACUAUAUUCCAGAAAUUGGAGAGGUUCUUCACGACCUAGAGAACUCUGUGUACGGCGACCUCAUACCCAACCCUGUUAUUGGCGGCCCUACUAUAUGUUGCAGUUGGGACCUGUCUGAUGUGCUCGAUGCGGGAUUGUCGCAGUAUCCCUACAAGUACUACACGUUACAACACUACCCCACGAAUAUCUGUAACGGCGCGAACGCACAGAAUACAAAUAUAUCCUACUUUGUUUCGCACACGAACAUUCCGUCAUACGCUCAAUGGCAAAGCACGGGAAUCAAUAUGGCACACAAUGCAAGCGUUCCAGUUCUUAUGACUGAAUAUAACACUGUCUCGUGCGGCGGCUCGAGCGUUUCUGAUACGUUCGCAGCAUCGCUAUGGGCCAUCGAUGCUGCGCUCAACUUCGCGGCGUCUGGUUUAAGUGGUGCCUUCCUCCACACCCGCGAGUACGGUGUCACAUACAAUCUCUUCGAUCCUCCAUCACCGACUGAUUCCACUGCGUCGGGGUGGCGUACUGGCUCUCCUUACUACUCUGCUCUUUUCCUCUCGGAAACGUUUCCACCGAGCGGCGUUGCAGUCCUCGACAUCAAUCUCAACAACUCGAUAUACGAUCCCGCAGCUACAGUCGCUGGUUAUGCGCUCUAUGGCCAGAACGGAACCAGGUGCGAUCGGCUCGUCCUGAUCAAUUAUGGUAACGACGGAGGGAACGCGCGAAAUUUUACGAUCGGUUCAAGCAUCGCAAAUUCUGCAGGCGUACGGGUUCUCGAGGCGCCUACCAUCUCUGAGACCACGAAGAUUUCCUGGGCAGGACAGACCGUUGGUCCGAACGGCGAACUUGAGGGAACACAAACCACACAAUAUUAUACGGACUGUGCGUAUGGGUGUAACAUCACUAUCCCGGGGCCUGGUGCUGCUGUCAUCGUGCUUGACGUCACUGCUAGCAACGCGUCUUUUUAUGUUGGGAACUCGACCAUCGCAGGGCCCGGAUAUCAGGGAAAUAGCACGGAGGGAUCUUCGUGUACCACCACCUCAGGUUCGGCACUGAAGAGCGUGGGUAGUUAUGGGAAAGCAUGGGGAUGGGCGGCGGCUGGGAUGGUGAUGUUGGGAGCUUUGCAACCCGUGCUCUAA